GUAAACACGGCUGACGUUGAGCUGCGUGGCCCAGACUUCUCUAAUCAAGGGCUCGCAUUAUAUUCGUGGACGGGGCCAGCGAGUCGCUAUUCACAUCCGAAACCUCAUAUGCAAUCACAAAAACAAAGACACGCGAGAAAUCUGUCGUCUGCCGUGCAAUGGCCAGGAAAACGGAGAUCCCUUCAUAUUAUGGUGAACCACAGAAGUUUGACCCAACAUUCAGAGGACCUAUUCACAAUAGGAGCUGCACAGACGUCCUGUGUUGUGUGAUCUUCAUCAUCGUUAUCCUCGGCUACAUCGCGCUGGGAACUGUGGCCUGGAUUCACGGUGACCCCAGGAAGGUGGUGUAUCCCACAGACAGCCACGGACAGUUCUGUGGCCAACAGGGCACUCCCAAUGCAAACAAAGCCAUAUUAUUUUACUUCAACAUUUUACAUUGUGCCAAUCCAGCAGUUUUGAUAAACCUGCAAUGUCCAACAACUCAGCUGUGCGUGUCCAAGUGCCCAGACAGAUUUGCCACCUACCUAGACAUGCAGUACAACUACAGAUACAACAAGAGCUACUGGGAAUACUAUCGACAGUUCUGCAAGCCAGGCUUUGACAAUCCGUGGAAGUCUGUUGCGCAGGUCUUACGAGACGAGGACUGCCCGUCCAUGAUUGUGCCCAGCAGACCUUUCCUGCAGAGGUGCUUCCCUGACUUCAUCACCAGAAAUGGCACCUUAACUGUCGCCAACAAAACUGACUUCAAAGAUGGCUUAGGUAAAACCAGGAGCGUGACUGAUCUUAGAGACGCUGCAAACCGAGUAACAGCCAUUCAGCAAGGAUCGGAAAGUGGCAUCACCGCCCUGUUGGAUGCCAAGGAGGUGGGCAUCAAGAUCUUCGAGGACUACGCAAGCUCCUGGUACUGGAUUCUCAUUGGUCUAGUCAUAACCAUGGUGGUCAGCCUGCUGUUUAUCCUGUUGCUGCGGUUUACGGCCGGAGUGCUGCUGUGGCUCGUCAUCUUCGGGGUCAUUACGGCUGUGGGUUACGGAAUCUGGCACUGUUACUGGGAGUACAGCGUGCUCCAGGGGAAGCCUGAUGCUGAUGUCACCAUCUCAGACAUUGGCUUCCAGACGGACUUCAGAGUCUACCUGCAGCUGAGCCAGACCUGGCUAAUCUUCAUGAUCUCCUUGGCUGUGAUCGAGGCAAUCGUCAUCUUAAUGUUAAUCUUCUUGCGGAGCAGAGUGCGUAUUGCAAUCGCCCUUCUGAAAGAGGGGAGCAAGGCCAUUGGAUACAUCAUGUCGACUCUGUUCUACCCCAUCAUCACCUUCUUCCUCCUGGCGGUCUGUAUCGCCUACUGGGCUGUGACGGCUGUCUUCUUGGCAUCGUCUGGUGAUGCUGUGUAUAAAGUCAUGUCCACACAGCCCAAGUGCCAGUAUGCCAAUCUCACUUGUAACCCUGAGACCUUCAACAAGACGAACGUGACUAAGCUGUGCCCGGGAGCCCAGUGUACGUUUGCAUUCUAUGGCGGCGAGAGUGUGUACCACCGCUACAUCUUCAUCCUGCAGCUGGGCAACCUGCUGGUCUUCCUGUGGCUGGUCAACUUCACCAUCGCCCUGGGCCAGUGCACCCUGGCCGGGGCUUUCGCCUCCUACUACUGGGCCCUCAAGAAGCCUGCAGACAUCCCAGCGUGCCCGCUCUUCGCCGCUUUUGGCAGGGCUAUAAGGUAUCACACGGGUUCCCUUGCAUUCGGUGCACUCAUCCUCUCCAUCGUCCAGUUCUUCCGCAUCAUCCUGGAAUACCUGGACCACAAACUCAAAGGUGCUCAGAAUGCCUUCGCUCGCUUCCUGCUUUGCUGCCUGAAGUGCUGUUUCUGGUGCCUAGAGCACUUCAUUAAGUUCAUGAACAGAAACGCCUACAUCAUGAUUGCAAUAUAUGGGAAAAACUUCUGCACCUCUGCAAAGGACGCCUUCUUCCUCCUCAUGAGAAAUGUUGUUCGGGUGGCGGUCCUGGAUAAGGUGACAGACUUUCUACUGUUCCUUGGAAAAUUACUCAUUUCAGGAAGUGUGGGUGUAUUGGCAUUCUUCUUCUUCACGCGCAAGAUACCAGUCAUCCAGGAGGAAGUGCCAUCGUUGAAUUAUUAUUGGGUACCUCUGCUGACUGUGAUAUUUGGAUCCUACUUGGUGGCGCAUGGCUUCUUUAAUGUCUAUGCCAUGUGUGUGGAUACACUGUUCCUCUGUUUCUUGGUCGACCUGGAGAGGAACAACGGUUCCGCGGCUCGACCGUACUACAUGAGCAGCGAGCUGCGCAACAUCCUCAACAAGAAGAAUGUCAAGAGGCGGCCGACUAAGAAGAAGUGAUGCCGUCCAUCACACGGAGAGAGAGAGACAGAGAGAGAGAGGGCUCUAAAACCUCGUCCACAGAUCUGUGGCACUGGCCUGCAGUUGUCUCAGCCACACUGAGAAGUGUUUUUGCAAACAUGUUAGACGUGUGCAAUGAGGAAAUGAAGGAAGAGGAAACCAGAUAGGGAGGGGAAGAGUUUACAAAUUGGUGUUAUGCCAAAGCUCAUUCCUCUACAAAACAAACCAGAGAAAAAAAGUUUAACUCUCUUUUAAAGGGAACACACUGAAAGGGAAAUCUAUUUAAAGUUAACCUGCCAUGUCUGUUAAGCACUCGUUUUGUAAAUACAUGUGUGUUUUUUACAACAUAUCCGGGAUGUACACAUACACGCCACUAUCUUUUUGGCGUAAAGUAUCUUUAAACUGUAAUGUUAUAAUGCAGUUAAUUUUAAUGUAACAGACUUGAGAUUUUUUUACUUUCUGUUCUUCCAACAGUGAUGUUGAAGAGAGCCAUACUUUGUCCACUAGAUGGAGUUGUAGCACAAGCAUACACAUUGUUGAAUGCAUGACUGACUGAAGGUGUGUGUGUGUGUGUGUACACAUGUGCAAGGUGAGUGUGUAUAUGUGCGUGAGUGAGAGAGCUGAUUGUGCAUUUGUACCACGUUAAUUAAUCCUAGCACACAAGUGCACACAUGUCUCCCAUCCAGUUGAUUUCACUUACAGUAGGUGGAGUGUUCCUAUUCCUCUCAUAUUGAGAUUAGUAUUGAUGACACAGUGGUCUUUCCUUUUCCACUUCUUCCUCCAAACCAAGACAAUAAUUGAAGCCCUGUGAAGUAUGCUUUACUCUUAAGGGCUGUUACUUAAAUUACUACAUUGUAUGAGUUUCUGCCAUGCAGAGUUAUAGGUUAGUUAAGCACUCUAUUUUUCCUGUAAGUCCGUAAAUCAGUGACUAACAGUAGAUUGAACAAAAUUGUAAUUGAGCAGGCUUUGGACCAUUUUAAAGUUGUUUUGCGCAGUUUCAUGUAACAUGAUUACUAAACCCAUGAUUGCAUACUUUAAGACACACUUCAGAGUGUUUAUGAUCAUUUCAGUGUGUCAGUUUGCAGGUGAUCAGCUUUGAUGCUCAUAAUUAAUAGUGCCAUGGGGCGAUGACCCAUCAGUCCAGUGGGCUGCUGGUCCUAUGCCCACCCCUGGAUACGUCUCGCUCACUUGUGUAGGUACCCAAACAUACUUCCCAUCCAGUUAAUGUGUGGUAAAAGGGUGGGGGGUCACUGAAAUUAUAUGUGUGUCUCCUAUACAUGAGUACUUUGUGUUGUUCCCCUGUUUUGUCAAAACCAAUAUCAGUGCCAAAGUUGUGAGAAUAGGGAGCUGACUUAAUUUUUAUAUAAAAUGUUAGUCAAUUAAUGUUUUGUUUUAAAUAAACAUUACAUAAUAACAUG